GAGAGCUCAAUAUCUGACAAAGUGGAUUGGUUUCUUUCAGCUUCGUGCAUCGUACUGCUAAUAAAUUUGCUGAUUGGUUGUAGUUUAUUAUGUUAUCAAGUGUCGAUGGAAUGGUGGUUUCUUGUGUUGUAUUGAUUAGCUUCUUGCAAAUUCCUUUUUUGACACUUGCUCUUAAAUAGUGUGCCUUCACAUGACAGGUUGUUUUUGGAAACACUAAUGUUGUUGCGUCAUUUUAAAGAAACUUUCCAUUUCAAGUCUAGCUCAUUUCUUUGUUUAGUCUACUUAAGCUAAACUGAUGUUUAUUUCUUUACUUCUGUUCUUUUCAGGUUUAUGAAUAUUAGCUGAGCUCAUUUCUGGUUCUUUGUUAUUUAGACAUUUAUCUGUUAUUCUGUUCUUUACAAGCUGUUACAAUUCUGGUUCCUUACACGGUGUUGUUUUUGCAGGAACUGGGGUUAAAUAUCGGGAAAUUGAUAUAUAGCAUCAUAUAUAUUCUAUUUAAAUACUCUGUGUUUUCUUAAUAAGGAUAAGGAUUUAAUCAGUGAUAAUAGAAAGAAGUGUCUGAUCGUUAUACUAAUAUUCUUGUUUAAUUCAUGCAGGAAAAAACAGUUCACCAAAUGUGUGUUUCAGAACUCAAAAUUCUUAAAUGGUGCAUGUUAUGUUCAAGAGAUGCCUACCAGCUGAAGUCGAGACCUCUUCAUCCAGGGCACACUAUGUUUUCCUCCUACAUUAUUCUACAUCAUCUCCCUAAUCUGUUAACAGAGAACUUGUGACAACUUAAUUGUUACGGCAAAGUAGUUGAACUGAUGCACAACUGCUUACUACCUACCCAUCUUAAAGAUACUCAGGAUCUUCAGUAAUCCAUGAAGUCGUAGAUAAAGAAAGAAAGGAAUUGCUUCUUGUUGAGGCCACCUAAGAUGGAGGAAAAAGAAAUUCUAAACCAAAACUCUGACCUUACGUUGGAUGAAUUUCUCAAAGCAACUUGACAUUAUGCAUUUAGCACAUAAUCAUCAGUUUCAUCAUAACCAACAACUGUCCAUAUACAAUAUGGCCUGGCACACUUGCGGGUUCAGGAACUCCCGCACUACCCACAACUGGAUUUCAGCUGAACUCCGGCCAGAGUGUUAGCAUCCCAUGUACUCCAAAGUGGUCUGGCCGCAUUUGGGCCAGAACCGGAUGUACCUUUGGCACAAAUGGUGUUGGCUCUUGUCAAACUGGGGAUUGUGGAGGAAAACUUGAAUGCAAUGGCGCAGGGGCCGCACCUCCUACAUCCCUCUUUGAGAUCACUCUUGGAGAUGAGAAAGACUUCUAUGAUAUAAGCAUGGUCGAUGGUUACAACCUGCCUAUGAUUGUUUUCGCUCAAGGGGUGUCCGGACCAUGCAACACCACUGGUUGCAUUUCUGAUCUCAACAUUGGUUGUCCAAAAGAACUUCAACAGAUUGGGACAGACGGGGCUGUAAUUGGGUGCAAGAGCGCAUGUUUGGCAUUUGGAUUAGAGCAGUUUUGCUGCAGCGGAGCUCAUAGCAAUCCAUCAACUUGUCAACCAUCAUACUAUUCUAAAAUCUUCAAGAGAGCUUGUCCCACUGCAUACAGUUAUGCAUAUGAUGAUGCAACCAGCACCUUUACCUGCAAGUCUGAAGCAUAUCACAUCGUCUUUUGUCCCAACACAGGCAACAAUGCUGCUGGACCUCCACUUCCACCACCGCCGCUUCUGCCUCCGCCUCCCCUUAACGGUGGUGGAGUUGUAAUGCCACCUCCACCUAACGGCGGUGGAGUUGUAAUGCCGCCUCCACUUAAUGGCGGUGGAGUUGUAAUGCCCCCUCCGGUGCCACAUACGCCGCCACCUCCUCCAGCCUUUGGCGGUGCAGUUGCCCCACCACCACCGCCACUUUUUGGUGGUGAAGGUGCUCCACCACCUCCGCUUUUUGGCCCUGGAGUUGCUAUGCCUCCUCCACCAGCUCCUCCAACUGUUAUACCUCCGCCCUAUGAAGAAAGUAAGAGCUACAAGUCUGGAGGGAUGGUUUCAUCUUCAAAAAAGAGUUUGCCCUUUCCAACAUUGGUUGCCAUUUUAAUGUUUUCAUUAUUUCUGCGGAUAUAGAGACUUUUCCGACGAAACAGUUUUCAGUUAUGGCAUAUGAAAGCCAUUACUGUGCAAAAGUUUAAAUGAAGUACUAACACUUAAGGGUAUACUAUAUAGUUCAUGAAUUUACAAGGUACUCCGUAUAUUAUUGUUGUUCUUGCUACUGCUCCUACUUUAA